CCCAGAAUAUUUUCCACCCGCCCCCUUUUUUUCUCAGUCGGUCAUCUCUAUCCACAUGUCGGUUUCAAUUCAAUCCUAGCCGAAUUCCUCUUCGCUCACUAAACCUCAUCCGCCUUUCUCGUAAUCUCUAAACCCUUUUGCUCUCUUUAUACAUAAUUAUGUAUUUAUAGGAGCUGGUAUUUACUUAGUGAAGAGUGAUCAUUGUAUCUCUUAAGUGAUUUUUUGGUUUAUCUUGGUUUUUUGUUACUUUGAUCUGAGCAAUUGGUUUCUAGCUGUUUGAUCCGUAAAUUUAAUCUGGGAUUGGUAAAAUUCCUUCAGUAUUUGCUCACAAAUGGUGGAUCUGAGUGAUAAAGGAUUGGAUUCUGAAGACAUGAAAACCCAAAAUAAAACUCGAGAUAAGGCUUUAUCUGAUGGUUCAACCCAUGUUAAAACUUGUGUUGAUUGUGGCACCUCAAAAACCCCCCUAUGGAGAGGUGGUCCUGCUGGCCCCAAGUCUCUUUGCAAUGCAUGUGGGAUCAGGAGCAGAAAAAAGAGAAGGGCCCUAUUGGGAGUGAACAAAGAAAAUGAGAAAUCAAAGAAAUAUGCAAGCACCAAGAAUAGCGCGCACAGCAAUGACAGUAGUACCAGCAGCAGUGGGGACAGUACCAGCUAUAAGAUUGGAGAUUCAUUGAAGAGGAAAUUGUGGUCAUUUGGUAGAGAUGUGGCACUGCAAAAACCAAGAUCAAAUACUCCUCAGAGGAGAAAGUUGGGUGAGGAAGAACAAGCGGCAUUUCUUUUGAUGGCUUUAUCGUGUGGCUCUGUUUAUGCUUAGAGUUGUACUAGCAGCAGUUACAGUAGUACCCUUUUUUCAAGUAGUUGUACCGUGAGCUCUAAAAGGGAAAAAAGACAAAUUGAGUUGAAAAGGGUUUUUCAAAUGUACCUAUUAUGGUAUUUAAAUGAAAUUAAAUUGGAGGAAUUUCAUUAUCUUGA